GCACAGACGCGCGGCAGUCUCGCCCGAGCCGCGCGCGUGUUCGUAUCUAUGGCCGACCCGAUCGAAAAACGAAAUCAACUGCAACUGUUUUGAAUUCGUAAAUCCAUCAUAAGACAAUGUGUUCUUUAUUAUAAUAAUAAUUUAAACAAUACGACCUAAAUAGCAACGAAUUAAUAAAAUUAUAAAGACUUAUUUGUGAUUUGUCAAUCAGCAAGGACGUAAUUAGGAAAUUUAUUGUUUUUUUUAGAAUAAAGUUCACAGAUAAGAUAUAAGUAACGCAAUAAUCGUUUUCGUGUCUAGUGAUCGAUUGGUACUGACGUUUGGUUGAAUAGUGCAAUUUUUUAAAGUUUUCUUUUCAUCGGCUGUGGUGGGUGAACGAGGUUAUAACUUUGGAUUUUAACAUUUUAAAAAGAUAACAAAAUGUCACCCCAGCUGCCGAUUACAGAUUAAAAAAGACAAACCAACAGCCAAAAUGUCAAUACACACGCGGAAGAGGCAAACGCGGUGACUACCUUUGUCUUUCGGAUAAAAAAAAAAACAAAAAGCAAUAUGGCGCUGUUGACAAACUCAGCUUCGGCCACGGGCCCGACGGCGACUGGGCCGGCGGCACCACAGGCUCACCAUUCAACAACGCCUUUGCAUCAUUACUUCCAUUAUCUAAAGCAGCCUUCGCCUUUAGCCCAGAAUCCGUACGCCCAUCAUUCGAGUGCCCACCACAUGGGCAUGGGACCAGGGCCGUUGGGUGGAUUGGGACCUUUCGGGUUGACGCAUCACGGAUUGGAAGCAGUUGGAUUUCCCCAAGGUGUAAACCCGCGUAAACAACGUCGGGAGCGAACGACUUUCACCAGAGCGCAACUAGAUGUACUGGAAGCGUUAUUCGGCAAGACGAGAUAUCCAGAUAUAUUUAUGCGGGAGGAAGUCGCUUUGAAGAUAAAUCUACCUGAAUCCAGAGUACAAGUUUGGUUCAAAAACCGAAGAGCGAAAUGUCGACAACAAUUACAGCAGCAAUCAAACACGCAAAUGUCAAGCAAAUCCUCAUCCAGUUCCAAAUCCUCACUCUCCACCAGUUCCAAUAUAAAAAGUUCCUCCAACACCUCCAAGACACCUUCAUCUAAAGCACCACACUCAUCCAGCACCACCACAAACUCUUCCAGCAUCACAACAUCGUCCCCAAACCUUCCGAUCACACCGACAACAUCAGUCAGCCCACCAAUCAAUGUUAUAUGUAAAAAAGAAUCAGCAAACUACGAAACAUCUCCAUUAACGAAGAAUAACCUUUCAAUCACACACCAAUAUAACACAGAAGCAAUACGACUCAGCGGUAAAGAAUCUUCACCAUCAGAGAACAUCAACGUCCAUGGAUACGGAGUAACUCCAAAACAAGAGCUGUACAGUAGCCCUAAAAGACUGGAUUACAGCAGCAAAAUUGAUUAUACGGAAAAGUCUUUUGGUAGUAACUUGGUGAAAGACCAAUAUAGCUCCCGUCUGACAGGGAACCUCACACCUUUAGGUUCCAACUCCUCGAUUAUGACGACCCCGUCUCCCCCCAUAACGCCACAAAGUAUCAAUGGACCUGGAAAUGUUUACCAUCCGGAUUACAACAGUUUUCAUUGGCCUGGCAGUUCUGAUUACAUUCGAAGUUAUUCUACGUCACAUCAUCAUCAAGGAUAUGGACAAAGCGCGUAUAAUUCACCAUAUUAUCCUAGCCAGAUGGAGUAUUUCAAUGGUUCAUCAGUGAACCAAUCACACGGCAGUCACCAUGGACACAAUUUAACUGCAAACGGGAACCAGCUGUACAACCAAGUCUCUUUCGGCAACCCCUCCCCGCCCGCAGCGUGGCCCUCACACAACAUCCUCUCCUCAGGACCCGAGUCCCCGGAGAACCAGGCCCAAAAUUCCCCCCAUCUCAGCAUGCUCCAAGCAUCCCAAAUCACAAACUUCUCCAAUUCUGGCAACACUUACUUCGCCCCCGAAAAGUACGGAAUAAACAUGGUGUAGUGUU